UACCACCAGCUGAUUCGAAAACAUAUUUUAUUAUUUAAUUAGUAAAAUCUAAAUAAGACAAUUAUAUCCAGCAAUUUCUAUGAUAUAUUCAGAAUUAAAGAAAAAAAGUAUUCUCUUAUGAAAAAAUAUACAUAUAUUAUUACUAAGCAUACGUAUAAAAGUGUGCCCUAUAAAUGUAUAGUCAAUUUCAUAAAAGUAUGUUUAUCUUGAAAAAGAUAUGUACAAGGGACCUACAAUAAAAGACAUAUUAUUAAGAUGUUGCUAAAAUUGCAAUUCAUUCAAAAUAAGCUAUUAAAAAGACUUUUGGAACAUGGUACAUAUCUUACCAUAAUAUUUGUGUUAGUGCCAGCUUUUCUGUAUUUUGAAUUGGUUGUAGUUCUCCCUGCAACAGUAGAAGAAUGGAGUGCCCCAUUCUUAGUACAUUUAGCAUGUGCAACAUUUCUUCUAAUGAAUAUAUUAGGAAAUAUGAUAUAUGGAAUGUUUACUGAUACAAGUAUAAAAGGGAGAGUUCUGGAUUCUGAAAACAAAGAGAAUUGGACACUGUGUGCUGUGUGUGAGUGUCUUAGGCCUCCUCGAGCCUGGCAUUGCAAUACUUGUGAUUUAUGUAUACUGAAAAGAGACCACCAUUGCACCUUCUUUGCCUGCUGUGUAGGUUACUAUAAUCAUAGAUAUUUUAUGUGUUUUACAUUUUAUAUAUUUGUUGCUAUGGUGUAUGCAUUUUAUUACAAUGUUAAAUUUUUAGCCAUAUACUUAAAAUGGAAUAAUGGCUUGGUUAUUGGAAAAUUCCUUUUUCCUUUGGCCUUUUUUGUAAUAGAUUUUGGUGACGAGACUUUUUAUGUGUUUCUUGUUGAAAUCAAUUUUAUUGUUGCCAUGUUUACUGGAUUCCUCUUCUUUUAUCAUUUGAAUAAUCUAUUAAAGGGAAAAGUUACACCCGAAAUUAAACACAAUUCUAAAGAAGUAACUUACAAUAGAGGCCUUAAACAGAAUGUAAUAGAAGUAUUUGGGUCAAGGUGGUAUUUGGUAUGGUUAUCGCCUUAUUUCAAAAGCCCAUUGCCUGGUAAUGGUAUUGAAUGGAAUGGUGAAGAUAAGUGUAAAUAGUUUGUUUAUGAUCAGGUGCAGCUAAAAUAAUGCAAUGUAAAAUUUUAUAGUUUAUUUGGUUUUACAUGAAAGCGUUGUACUUAAAUAAUUCUACUUUAUCAUUAAGUCUAUAAUAAAUGUCACACAUUACAUUAAGACACACACAAAGUUAAUAUGGUUUCCUUUUGAAACCAAUAUAUUUUAUUAAAAUUAUAAAUAAGUCACUGCCAAACUAAUAAAGUAUAAAUGUCAUAUUUUAAUUGUU